AUGUUGGGAGAGGGCAUGCUGCGGAAUCCUAGGCCCAAGAUCGAUUUGAAAGGAGUGAUGAUGCUUUCUGGUAUGGUUGGACCGUAUGAGAUGCUCGAUAUAAUGAAGACUGGCCUGGGGGUCUGUAAAGCAGCUGUCGACAAGUGCAAUUCUAAUGGACCUGGGAAGCCUGCUAAGCCCGUUUUCUGCCAAGAAGCUUUUGAUACCUGUGAAGCAUUAACGAUGAACCGUAUGGACGCAGCACGCAAGAGCAUGUAA